AAAAAGUCUUGGAAUAAAAAGUACCCAGGAACCUCAAACUACCCACUUUCUCCCCACGUUCUUCUCCAAUUUAUUCCCAUGAGAUGAGGGCUGGAAAAUUUUGUUCCCAGGAACCAUGAACCCAUGUUCUACUAUGAAAACCCAUUUUUACCCUUUGAUUUACCCGCUCAAUCUUCCCUCCAAAACAAUUUCCACGUUGAAACAAUUGCUUUAUAUUCUACUAAAUUGUUUGUUCAUCACCAACUUGCAAUUUUUUCCUGGUUCUGGGUUUCUCCUUGUUGUUCCAGAACAAGAUGAGUUCUUUCCAGUAACGGCAAAUUCCGAACCUGAAGCUUUAGAAGAUACCUUUAACAGACAACAAGAUGGUGGUUCAACUGUUACUGCUAGCGGCGGCGAUGUUGAUGUUAAUCAUAUGGAACUAUCAACAUCGUUUUCUGGAACAGAAGGGUUGCACCAUUCUUUACUGGAAAUCUCAUAA